CCCCGCUCCCGCCGCAUGCGCGGCCGCCGCUGCCGCCAUGGCGGGCGCGCUGGGCGGAAUGUUCGGCUCCCAGGCGCCGGGGCCUCCGCCGCCGGGCCCGCCCGGCCUCAUCCCGCCGCCCGCGGGGCCGCGCAACCCCAACAGCACGCUGGUGGACGAGCUGGAAGCGUCCUUUGAGGCCUGCUUCGCCUCGCUGGUGAGCCAGGACUACGUGAACGGCACGGACCAGGAGGAGAUCCGCACCGGUGUUGAUCAGUGCAUCCAAAAGUUUCUGGAUGUUGCAAGACAAACUGAAUGUUUUUUUCUACAAAAAAGACUGCAGCUAUCAGUCCAGAAACCAGAACAAGUAAUUAAAGAGGAUGUUUCAGAAUUAAAAAAUGAAUUGCAGAGAAAAGAAGCAUUAAUUCAGAAGCAUUUGGGUAAACUACGACACUGGCAACAGGUCCUGGAAGACAUCAGUGUACAGCACAAAAAGCCUGCAGAAAUGCCUCAAGGUCCAUUAGCUUACCUAGAACAAGCGUCUGCCAAUAUUCCUGCUCCAAUGAAGCAAACAUAAUCUUCAGUUUUACACAGCUCAAUAUUUUAAAAGCAAUGGUGUUCUUUGUAUGCUUUUUGUAUAAUGUAAUUUAUACUGCAAAUAUAGUUAAACAAUUAAGCCAAAUAAAUUUUCAUGUUUUCUUAUUUUCUUUUAUUACAGAAA